AUGUCGAAGCCGCUAACCAUUGCGCACUUGACGUUGCCCGAGGGCUUCGAAGGCAACCCGUGGCAAUGGCUCGCGAAGAUGAUCAAGGCCCAGAUGUACCCUUCUUUCGGUCCACACUUUCUGGAUCGUGUCAAGGUACUACUGUGCCUCCUGUCAGUGUGAGUGUGGGAAGUAUUUAUCUCGUGUCUUCGAAGAAUAUGUGCACACGGUCAUUCGACGCUGGGCCUGGUUGUACGCCAAUUGGCCCGGGACAUCAAUCAUGCCUGUUCGGGAAGGUGUCGAGCCGGGUGUCCCACGGUUUUCCCUCGAGAUGCGCCAUCGAUGAGGCCGCGACAAUCACAUGUUAAAACCUAACGGCAUGCUCUACCCAAGUACUGACCACGGUUUUCGCCUUACACUAGAGCCAUCUUGGUCGCCUUUAUGUAUCUAUUCAUGACGAUCCGUGACAUCAAAGCUCGGCGGAAACAAAUCUGGUUCGCGCGCGUCGUAUCCCGGCCUCAAGGUGAGCCAGACACGUUUUUGGUGGUCUACUAACCGUUGUCGACACUUGUCGAAUUAGGGGGCGGGACUGAACAUGGCGCAUCCCUCAUCUUUGCAGGUCGAUACAUCAUUGUCAAUCAAUACCUGGGGUAUCCGGUUUGCUUCUCGAUCCUCAUGCUCGGUGCGUUCACUCUCGGCUUGCUCACGUGACUCGGACUCCGAGGCACUCUCCGAGUCGAGCCCGAAGCCCCGUGACUGAUCCUGUCCUGCGCGACCCCCGGCCCCCUCACCAACUUCAGUGUGGAUCGGUUGGGUCGUCUACCUCUAUUUCAUGUUCUACAAGACUACAGUCACACCUCAGCUCCUCUUCCUGUACCAACCUCUCACCUACAUACCUCUCUUCGCCCAUCUCUCAACAACGACGAUCACAACGCUCUCUGGUGCGAAUCUCGCAUCACGGCGGGCACCAACUUCGGAUCGCCAUCGCCUCUCCCCACUUGCAGCCAACUCCCUCUACUUCGCGUUUGUGCCGCUCUUUGUGAUUUGCAUCGGCAUGACUGGAGGAAUCAACGCCGCGGCGUGGCGGAAAUUCGCCCAAGACUGGGAGGUUCUAUAUAAAACGCUUCAAUCGGCGGCUAGGGAAUGGGAUGGGACCUUGAGCCAAUCAACAAUCGACACCGUCAAUUAUCUGUCUGAUCAAAGGUGAGUUUUCUCAGCAGCAUCGAGAUGCGCGCGGGCCGUUCUCGGACUGCGCGCGAACAUCCCAUUGAAAUGGCCGGCUUGUUCGGUAUUCAUCCUCAGAAUUGCGUCGGCCAACGACUGGAGAAGAGCGGUACAGGGGUGCACGGUCGUGUAUUGCUUGUUUGCAUCUCUCCUCAUCAUUGUGAGUCGCGCAAUCCGUGCGCUUCCUGCGCCUGCGCCCGCGAGCGCAGCAUGUUGACACCCCCUUUCUUCUUCUUCCGAUUCACUGAGCAGCUCAACUUUAUCGGCGGGAUCUACCUCGUCUACACCCUUCGGUCGCUCGACAGCCGCACUUCUUACUUCAUACCUGUCCCGGCCAACACGCCUCUCGUAGCUCCAUUGAGGCUCAUACCUACCGAAGAAAGAAAACUCGAGUCGCCGCUGACGCCCGAUAGCGGAAAGGGCGCCACCAAUUACUCAACCCCACCGAGUCACGGCCUCCCUGAAACGUCGACGCUUCCCACCGCCCCAUGGGAGGCCAACACGUUCUCGACCUCUUCUUUCUUCGGCGCAUCGACUCGCCUCAAGCGACUCGAAUGGGACGUGAUGCUCUUCUUCGUCUCGGUCGUCCCUUCGUGCCUCGUCUUCAUGGGCUUGUCGAUCUGGUUCGCUCUUCAAUGCUACGAGAUCCUACUCAACCCGGUCCGAUUCGAAUUCCUUCUCACGGGCUUCGUUUGGAUGUACACCUUGUGGGGUACGCUCGCCAUGGCCGCCAUCACGAUCAAGACGAUCCGCUCCUCGCGUCGGCACGACACGCGGGCGAACCACAAUGGGCUCCUCAUCACGAGUGGGAAAGGACUCGCCGACGUUAUGAGUCGAACGUCAUUGAGAACUAACCACACCACAGCGGACGUUCCGAUCGAUGGAUUGGGACCACUGGCGGGAACCGAGGACGAGCGCAAGGUCGUCGAGAAUUGGCAGAGGCGGAGGGAGCAGAGCAUGUCGAUCAUGAAAGGGGUUCAUGUCGACCUCGCAGUUGAGCAUCAAGUCGAAUAA